AUGCUGAUUCAUUCGAAAAAUGUUCUGAGAACGGUUUUUUCUGGAGAACCUUGACAGUAGCAUCUGAAGACCAAAACAAAAGUGCAAAUCACAAGACCUUAUUAAAAAAAUAUUUACAAACGGACGUUGAAAUGGAGUACGAUAGUAUUAUGGACAUCUCUAUGAAUUUGAAUAUUGACAAUAUAAGUGUAGUGAAUGAUGUGAGCAUGGAAUUUUCAACCGCUGCAACACCAACACCCCAAUCAUGGGCGAAUACAACAACGAAACUAAAAAAAACAGAUAUAAUAGAAAUUGUAAAAAAAUCGAAUUCUAUAAUACCAAAUUCAAGAGAACUUUUGGAUAGGCAGAAGCAAGCAUUUGCUGUGGCAAAUGAAAAGCAGAAAGCACUGGAAACCAAACUAUCAAAUGUAGAAAUGAAACUUCAAGAACAGAAAAAGGCACUGUCUAGAGAAAUUUCUGAAAUUCAGUCAGCCAAAGAAGAUGCGAAAAACACAAUGUCUCAGCUCACUAGCAUGCAGAACAGAAUAAAAGGUUUAACUAAGGAAGCAGAAGAUAUGAAGACCAAAACCUCUUCAUCCAACAAAGAAAAUAUAUCUGAAAAGUGUAAAGUGGAUCUCUAUCGCCAACUUACCGGUGUCACCUUUGCCCGUCAUAAUCCAAAUUGUCCGCACGAACUCAAGGGUUUUGUGGCUUGCGCAGGUCCUACAACUAAUCUUAAAACAUUCACCUUUAACACAGCUGAACAUUCGUCAUCUCUGAUGGGUGGCUAUAUAUGGAACGUUCUGGAAGAUAUGCAUACGAAGAAUUGGGAAUAUCUUAGUAAAUGAUACCGCCUUAUAAUUGCCUCUAUGCUCAUUUACUAUAACUGUGGGUUGCUGAAACCUCUUCCGUAUGGGAUUUCAUUAGAUGGGCCGUAGCCAAAGUGUUUGCAUGUAAAAUGUUUUUGCUGCCUCUUCAAACAUUCUCGAUUGUGAACAAAUUCCUUUUUUCCAGAAAGUAUGUAGUGUUGUUCAGUGGCUUUCUUCUUCAUCUUUCAUAUGGAUCUGUUUUAACAUUUGGUGAGUCGUUCAUUGACGUUUUCAUGGAUUUUCGCAAAUAAGUACAAACUAUUAAAGGAAAUAUGACGACGUAUAUAACGUCUUAUCAACGGAAUGUCUUACAAUUGGAUGUUUCGUAUGCGGACACGAUGUGGAUCCAAGCAAUAUCAUUUGCAACCACUGGUAUUGCGCUGCCAUUGGGUAGCUAUUUGCAAAAACUAUGGGGUCCUCGACCAACUGUUAUCAUGGCUAUGCUAUUUAUGAGGUAUAAGACCAAUUAUCUGGCCAUCUUGACUGCUUCAUCAACUAGCAUAACACAACGAUCAUUUGCUUUAGUGGCGGAGUUUUCCUCACUUCUUUAACGGUGACGCACUCAAUGAGUUUGCUUGUAGUUACAUACGGCUUUCUGUUCGGAGUCGGAGCCCGUGUGGGCUACAUGUCUCCUAUCGCUGCCGCAAUGAGGGUUUUUAUGUCCCAUUGAAUUGACAUUCAAAUAACGAGCUUUAACCGACGCUUAUUCCAUAGUGGUUUCCAGAUAAUCAACAUGGAAUGGUAAAUGGGGUUAUUAUCGCUGGCUACGGUAUGGGUGCUUUCGUCUUCAAUCUUAUCCAGAUUGCCUACGUCAACCCCGAAAAUAUUCCUGCCGAUAGCACUGGGUACUUCGCUGAUGAGAACGUCUUGAUGCGAGUACCUGGCCUCUUCGUUUUUCUAGGAUGCAUUUAUUUGGCAAUACAGUUAUUUGCAGUUAUCUUCAUAAGGAAUCCACCGGUUCCCCUAGCGAUAAAAACAGAAACAGCCGACGUUCAUCUGACUAUUUCUCCGGAGCCGAAAGUUUCCGUGUGGCAGCUUGUCCGUUCACCUCUAUUUAUUGCGCUGUGGUUCACCUUUCUGUUUAACGAUCAAACCAUUAUCGGAGUCAUUGGAUUAUACAAAGCUUUCGGGCUGUAUUUUUGGACAGACGAUAAAUGCCUGACGCUGGUCGGAUCACUGGGUGCAAUUUUUAAUGCCCUUGGCCGCCUAGCUUGGGGAUUUCUAGCGGACCGAGUCCAAUACAGGACGUUAAUGCUAGUCCUCACCUGGCUGGUGGUGGCACUUUUACUUUCGCUGAAUGCAACGCCGUUGGCGGGAGGUGUUUGGCUCUACGCAUGCUGGAUCAUCUCAUUGAACAUUAUUACACCCGGGACAUACAUUCUUCUACCGAAAGCCAUCGGAGAUUAUUUUGGAAAAGAAAAUGUUCCUUUCAACUACGGGCUUCUGUUCACCAGCUUUUUAGUGGGAGGUCCUCUUUCUGGCUUGGUAUCCAAUACUUUACUUGAUGCGUUUGGUUGGAUUGGAGUGUUCUGGUCGAUGGCUGCAUUUAGUGCUGCUGCUGGAGUCAUCACUUGGUUCCUGCCUUGAGAAAAACGGAAUGGAAUUCAUAGUAAAUAUAGCCCACAACAUUAAUGUUUAUUUGCGUUAAAGCAGGCUUUGUCUUGUUGCUGUAAUGUUUAAAGAUUCUGAUAGCGUUUAUUUGCACUAUAGUUUGUUAUUGGAAUAAACUAGAAAAACGUG